AUGUCCACGCACGAAGGUUAUCUCAUAGAAGUAACGCCAUUGAUAACAGGAGAAGGUGAAGAGCCUGAAUUUGAUUUUUCAAAGUAUGGCUGGUUUGCCACCUUUCGAAGGUCAAAGGCCGCAGUAUUAUGUGUCGCUUCAAUUGCUCUCUUUACCGAUAUGAUUGUAUAUGGUAUUAUAGUCCCUAUUCUCCCCUUAAUCGUUCAGGAGCGUCUGGGGAUGGAUUCAAUGUCAACUGGGAUACUCUUUGGGUGUUACGCUCUCGGCCUUUUGGUCUCCACACCAAUUUGUGCCGUGAUAAGUGAUAAAUACCACACCCGCAAAUUACCAAUGAUGAUUGGUAUGGCGGGUCUGGGAACUUGCACACUUUUAUUCGGUAUUGCCAACAGUUAUUGGCAGUUGAUGGUGGCAAGAAUUGCCCAAGGUGCUGCAGGAGGAGCAUCCUGGACCGUUACUUUGGCCAUGCUGGCUGAUCGAUUUGGAACCGGUCCCAAACUUGGAAUCGUUAUGGGAACUGUUCUAUCGGCCAACACUUUAGGGUUCAUUGCUGGGCCCGUAAUUGGUGGUGUUCUAUAUCAAUAUUGGGGAUACACUUCACCUUUUAUUUUCUGCGUCAUACUAUCUUUCAUUGGAUUCGUAUCUGCAUGUACCAUCGUUGAUCCGAUUAAUUUGAAAGAAUGGGAUUUGGCAAUAAGUAGACGUGAUGGAAACUCUGAUGACCCUCCAGAUUAUUGUGAAGUAGAUCCCGACUGUAAUAAUCCUCUUUCAAUCUGGAAUUUAGCAAAAGACUGGGAGAUUAUCUCGAUUUGUUUGACGCUCACAAUUGUAGCUAGUGUUUUUUCAGCCAUCGAGCCUACCCUCCCGAUAUACCUUCGCCAAGAAUUUGGCGCAAACCCAUCAGAAAUCGGUCUCGUUUAUAUCACUGUAGUGCUCCCAACUUUUGCUUCACCAAUCGUUGGUUGGUUAUCAUAUCGAAUUGGUCAGCGAAUAAUGUGUGGCAUUGGUGUAAUAUGGAUAAGCGUCGCUUUACCGCUCAUUGCCUUACCGGACAACUUAUGGUUAGAAGUUGUUCCGUUAUUGUUUUUCGGUGCGACUUAUGCUAUUAUUUCCACUCCAUCACUACCAAUGUUAGGAGAAAGAGUUAGAGAAAAAGGUGGUGGUGCUUAUGGGCCAGCCGUUGCUGGUGUUUUAAUGGAACAUUUCGGAUUUUUUGGUACAUUAUGUGCGUUUUCAGCAAUGACUUUGACGAUCUCUCCAUUCGUAUUCUUAGGAAAUCCGUUUAAAUAUAAUCCAUUUAAAGGCUUUAAGUGCUAUAGUGGCUACUCUCGGAUACCCCAAUGCGAACCUGAUGAUGAAUAG